GGUUUAAGAUCUAUAUUUGAUCUAGGAUUGAAUUAGCACUUACUAAACGUGAGCUUCAUGUUAUAUUUGGCCUUCUACUUGCAGACAUUUCCAAGCUGAACCUGCCGAAAUCUUGUUCCAUAUCUUUUCCUAAUGGAAAUGAUGACCUGAUGAACUUCGAGGUUUCGAUUCGACCUGAUGAAGGAUAUUAUUGUGGUGGCACAUUUUUGUUCUACUUCCAAGUUUCUCCCACCUAUCCGCACGAGGCACCUAAAGUUAAAUGCAAGACCAAGGUCUACCAUCCAAAUAUCGACUUGGAAGGAAAUGUUUGCCUCAACAUCUUGCGUGAAGACUGGAAACCCCUGCUCAAUAUAAACACCGUAAUCUACGGAUUAUAUCAUCUUUUCACGGAACCAAAUUACGAGGAUCCCGUCAACCACGACGCCGCUGCGGUGUUGAGGGAUACUCCAAAGAUGUAUGAAUCUAAUGUGAGAAGGGCUACGUAUGGUGGGUAUGUGGGGCAAACCUAUUUCCAACGGUGCAUUUAAAGUGCAAACGCACGAUGCCAUCGACAAUUCGAGUUUCUGUGGGCUGUAUAGUCUGUCUGGAAAUGACCUUCGUCAUCAUCCCCUUUGAAUUUCUCGAUGUGAAUCUCAGGGAAUUAUUUCCUAUAAGACCAACCAGAUAAAAUUUUAGUUAUGUAGUACUUUAGCUUUCCUAAUGCUAUAUUUUGGUGUGGCAUAUAUCGCCUUAAAUGUAGAGUAGAAGUAGUAUAAGACUGAAUUUUAUGCAUUAGCUUAAA